AUGUUGCCAAAACUGCACGCGGAAAAUAUCAGACGGGUUCUCACGCACACCAAUCACACCUCACAUCAUUUCUCUCACCCCAACCUCCAGUGCAAGCCUGUCGUAUACAGGGAAACAUCGCCGAGGACCCCUAGUGUCUUUAGCAGAUCUCAGAACGGAACGGGCAAGACGGGUAGUCUUCGUGGGUCCAGUAGCUUGAACCCUGUCAUUAUCUUGCGAAUUGCACUACGAGCCAAGGUGUCGUUCUUCAAAUUCAGCAGACAUCUGCCUCUGGGGGUGUAUUCUUUUCAAAUCGGCCGGCGCAUUAUCAAGCGGCCUUCAUCGACACUAAAGACAUCACCAAUGGCGGCAUUACCGACUAGCGAGCCUGCCGCAGAGCUCGAAAAGCUGUCUAUCUCGAAACAUGGCUCCGAAAAGGAUUCAGAGCUCAUCGAUGAGUUACUCGCGCUCUCUAAGAAAAAUCCCAAGCUCGUGCGGUCGACCGAGUAUACUGCCCCUGCCGACCCGAAUAUCAAUGUGCGCAGCUGGAAGAUGAAUGAGUUCAAGUAUUACGACGUGCCAUCGCCGUUCCCGACGCUUGCUCGGGGUCUGUUCACUCAAGAUGUCCAGACUAAUGACCGCGUGAAACACCGGAUUGUGGCUCGAGGGUACGAUAAAUUCUUCAACAUAGGCGAGGUUCCCUGGACUACCUGGGCGUCUCUGGAAUCGCACACCGGUGCUCCGUACAUUCUCACCCUGAAAUCGAACGGUUGUAUCAUAUUCAUUGCAGCACUGACCCCCGACAAACUACUCAUCACCUCGAAACAUGCACUCGGCCCCUCAAAUAACGCUGAAUACAAGAGUCACGCGCAGUUCGGCGAGCGGUGGCUCCGCAAGCACUUGUUGGACGCUGGAAAGACCGAAGAACAGCUUGCAGCCACGCUCUGGGAGAAGAACUGGACCGCAGUGGCAGAGCUUUGCGACGACUCGUUCGAGGAGCACGUCCUCCCCUAUGGCCCGGAAAAGACAGGGCUGCACCUGCACGGGCUGAAUAAGUGCACGCGGCAGUUUAAGACGAUGGAUCAGCCCGUCGUCGAUGCGUUCGCGAAGGAGUGGGGCUUCAUCCAGACGCUGUCGACAGUGCUCGAUACGGUCCCGCAGGUGCGCGAGUUUACGGAGGCGAUCGGGCGCACGGGCAAGUGGAACGGAGAAGCGCUCGAGGGCUUCGUCGUGCGUACUCGCGUAGUCGACCCGCCGACAAAGGGCGGCCAGCCCGCGGCCGCGUCGCCGUAUCGUGCGGGCUCGUCGUUCUUCUUCAAGGUCAAGUUCGACGAGCCGUACAUGAUGUACCGCGACUGGCGGGAGGUGACCAAGACGCUACUUUCGAAAGGCCCGAGCAUGGGCAAUGUGCCCAAGAGUAAGCUGCGCCGUCCCGAGACGCGUGUGUACAUCAACUGGGUGAUCGGCGAGAUCAAGCGCGACCGGGAGCAGUUCGCGACGUACACGCACGGCAAGGGCAUCAUCGCGACGCGAGAGCGGUUCUUGAAUUGGCUGCGGAGCGAGGAGGGGAGCAAAGCCGUUAAGCGUCAAGACGAACUGCCGGCAGAGAGAGGCUUGAUCCGGGAGGGCGAGAAAUUCGGCAAGACCAUCAUAGCGCCCAUCGCUGUGCCCGGUGUUGGCAAAACCUCCAUCGCCGUUGCACUCAGCCACCUCUUUGGAUUUGGCCAUAUCCAGAGCGACGAUAUCAAAGCUAAGAAGGCCGCUCCUAUUUUCAUCAAGAACGUAGUGAACGCUCUCAAGACAAACGACGUAGUAAUUGCCGAUAAAAACAACCACCUGAUACAACAUCGCCAGCAGCUCCGCGAAGCCGUGCGCACCUUCAAACCGCCUGUGCGGCUCAUGGCGCUCAAUUGGUCCUUCGAUCAGCCACUGUCGACGAUCCACCGCAUCUGCGGCGAUCGCGUGCUUCAGCGCGGCGAGAACCACCAGUCGCUGCACGGCGAUCCGCUCGCCAAGUCGCACGAGGAUGUCAUCUGGCAGUUCAUGAACCAAGCUGAGGAGCUCGCCGACGAGGAGGUCGACGUCGCUGUCGAAAUGGACUGGGAGGAGACCCUUGAGGACGCCCUCACGCGUGCGGUGGACGCGUGCGUGCGUAUCCUCGGCGUGCCCCGUCCGGACCAGGAGAAGGUGGGCGAGGCACUGGCGAUUGCGCGGGGGUACGCUCCGAGCACGAAAGCCAACAAGGCUGACAGCGCGAAGGCGAAGAAACAGGCUGUGCGGUACUACGCGAUCCUAGCGGAGGUGGAUCUACAGGACGUACUCGGCAAGCGUUUCGCGGAGGCAGACGUCCCAGGAGGCGGCAAGGCGUUCUGGGAGAACCUCAAGGCGCAGAAACGUGUCGCGCCCAGACCACACAUUACACUUGUGCAUCAAAAGGCGCUCCCUGGAGAAACGGUGUUGUGGGAGCGGUGCAAGGAGCUACAUCUGCACUCAAACCCGCCUCUGUUCAGCUUCCGGUUGUCAAAUAUUGUGUGGAACGAUAGGGUCAUGGCAGCAACUGUGGCCGACUUUGCAGUAUCGACGGACGAUUCACAUCAGGAUGAGAAGGGCUUGGACUUCAUCUUGAAGCUGCCGUUUGAAGUGCAAAACAGGUUGCACGUCACGGUCGGUACUCGUGACGGUGUUCCGCCAGUCGAGGCAAAGACCCUGGUUGAAACAUGGAAGAAAAACAAACAUCUAAGUGGCGUAGGCUCGCUGGAGCUCGACAACGUUUGGGUGAAGGGAAGUGAUGACGGCUCAGGCGUGGUUCCCGCGCCGGCGGGAGAGGCUCCGGAGCCUGCACCAAUCACAGACCAGGAGGUCGGCGAGUAUCGCGAGCAAGAUCGUUUCCUCCCCAUUGCGAAUGUCUCGCGCAUCAUGAAGGCCGCGGUGCCGGGGACGGCCAAGAUCUCCAAGGAGGCAAAGGAGUGCGUGCAGGAGUGCGUAUCGGAGUUCAUCAGCUUCAUCACGUCCGAGGCGGCAGAGAAGUGCCAGAUGGAAAAGCGCAAGACGAUUGGCGGGGAGGAUAUCCUAUACGGCAUGGUCACGCUCGGCUUCGAAAACUAUGCCGAGACACUGAAGAUACAUCUCGCCAAGCUGCGCCAGCAUCAAACAUCAGCAGGCAAUGACAAGCCACGAGGGGGAGAAGCGAGCGGUAACGCCACGGCCACGGAAGACCAGUAGGACGCUAUUGUUAUUGACAGGAUCUGUGAGCCUCGGUUGUUUGUACUGAUCUCUUGUAGAAUAUAAUGGGUCAUUGGAGCAAUCUC